AUGCAGGACUCCAUUAACAACAACUCUUUGGGCAAGAAGGACAGCUGGAAGGCGUCUCGCUCCUCCUCCCCACAUAUCAAAGGGGAUCUUCCACCAGCGGAUAUCCAGCCCAAAGCAGAGGACAAAGUUCGGAACAGCACGCGGCGCCCGGCCCCAAAGCCCCCCGCAGCUAAUGGAGCCAACAGCAGGGCCAACCCUCAGGCUGCGGCCCCCCCCACAGACAGGUCUGCUCGCCUGCGCGAUAGACAGGCGUCAUGGGCCCCACACACACAGGCCCCCAGCACACAGAGGAGUCAGAAGAGAGGAGGAAGAGGAGCGCCGGCCAUGAGAGAGAGGAGCCAGGGGGACGGGAGAGGGAAGGAUGGAGGGACAGCAGAGAAGGGAGAAAAGAAAGGAGGAAGACUGUGUGAGGAGUCCAAGGGGAAGGACAAAGAGAGGAAUGGACAUCAGAGGCCCAGAGAAGCAAAUGGUCUGAAAAGCCGGGGAGCUGAUGGGAGAGGAAAGGUGGGAGCUAAAGGGGCUAACAGAGGAGUGGGGGCCAAGCCAAAUAAUAUACUGUCCACCCAGGAAGUGUAUGCAGCCAUGGUGGUCCCUCGCACGCCUGUAGCACCAAGAAACCAGGAAAAGACCCAAGACCAAG